AUGAAGGAUUCGUGGAAUUGGGCCGGCCACUCUCUAUACAGCUACCGUGAUGGUCUCUCCGAGGAACAACGGAAAAAAAGGGCAGGCAUAGAGGACCGCAAACAAGUCUUAUAUCUUAAAAUUAAGAAUGCCGUGUCGUACGAGGAAUGGCGAAGUUGUGCCAUUGAACUGGAUGAACUAGAGAACAACAACGCCUGGAAACAGACACUCGAGUCCACCGAAUAUGAUCCUCGCUUGGUACAGGAUCGAUUGCGACAGUUGGAAGAUGCUCGCAUCAGCUGCGACGUAAGCCGUAUGCUGUUUCUGGUGCGCACUGCGCUGAGUCGGGACCUGGCGCAUAUGAGCAAUGCCUCUCUCUAUCGCCAUUCGCACAUCGGCACCAAGAACUUGAUUGAUAGGUAUAUCACCACAGCUUUGGAGACCAUCGCCACAUUGGUGGACCUGUCAGUGCAUGAUCGCUGCGACGGGCUGGAACUAAAGUACAUCCUGGACCAGCUGCUAGCAGCUCGACAGGCAUUUGGCCGCAGUGCGCUCCUCUUUUCCGGUGGCGCCACUUUUGGAAUGACCCAUAUCGGGGUCCUCAAGGCCCUCUAUGAGGCAAAAAUGAUCCCUCGAAUCAUCUCAGGUGCGUCUGCCGGUAGCAUUGUGUGCGCAGUAUUUUGCACACGCACAGAUGAAGAGCUGCCGGCACUUUUGGAUACCUAUAUACAUGGUGAUUUUGCCGUCUUCAAUAAAAAAGGCCAAGAGGAAAACAUCCUGCAGAAGAUGACUCGUUUUCUCAAGUUUGGAUCAUUUCUCGACAUAUCUCACUUGGCGAAGACUAUCAGGAACUGGCUGGGAGAUAUGACCUUCCAGGAGGCAUAUAACCGCACUCGCAGAAUUCUGAAUAUCUGUGUGUCUAGUGCCGGCAUGUAUGAGCUUCCACGGCUGUUGAACUACAUCUCAGCGCCCAAUGUGUUGAUCUGGUCUGCUGUGUAA